UCUAUCUGAUCCACGGCCAGGCCGUAGCAACCGUUGACAAGUCAAAUCGGUCUCUCACUCACUGUGUCCCAAGCACUCAUUCAGGCCUUGGUCACCAAGUUUUGCUUACAAAAUAGAGAAGAAAUGGCGGACCACAUCAAUAUUGGACACUUCUUCCACCUCUUAAUAUAUGUAUAGACCUAGUACUACUUGAUCAAGGGAAUAGAACUACGCCCUCGUGUGUUGCAUUCUCUCAUGAUAUGAAGUGCUUCAAGAUAGGUGUUGACGCCAAGAACCUGCAGGUCGUCAUAAACCCUGGUUCUCAUGACAAGCCUACGAACAGUGUCACUUAUAAGAAUCUUGAAAUUGAGGUGUCUUCUGCCGUAUUGGAGGUUUCUGUUAGGGAGAAAACCCCGGAGAAAACCCCAGAGAAAACCCCUAGCGUGAAAGCCAAGGCUAAGGAAAUUUUGGAGGCCUAUCUCUCCAAGAUGAAAAAUGCUUUGGAGGAUGAAACAAUUUGUCCCAAGCUUGAGCCUUCAUUUAAGAAGGAGAUUGAAGAAGCCAUUGGCCAUGUGAAUGGGUGGUUAGAGUACGUUCAAAAUCCGCAGGCAAACGACAACGAGAUCGAGAAACAUCUGGAAAGGAAUAAAAAAGAUUACUACGAUCCCAUCAUUUCAAAGAUCAAACAACUUAAAUAAUCGAGCAGCUCCACUUGAUCAAGUUAUAGAUGACUGCUAUGUAUGUAGUCGAUCUGCCGAAUGGAACUCGUACUACUACUAAAGUUGCAACAAUAUUAAUAUGUUAUCACUUUGUUUGUCAGACCUUUUAAUUAUACUAGUUUUAAUAUUAUUGGUGUGUUUAAAUUUGCGCGCAGUAGUACUGUUCAAUCGUUACAUGUUGCAACAUUUGACAUUUCUGGGGUGAAAUUUUUAGUUGUUGUCAUAUAUAUGUUGAUCUGAGAGUGUUACAACUUGUUUGGGAGGAAAGAAUGGUAUGGAAAAAAUAAAAUAAUUUUAGAAUAUUUUAA